UCAUAUCUCCAUGCUUUUCUCUAUAAAUAUAUAUGUUUGGAUUCCCCAGGCCACAACGCACUGAUUCAAACCUUCUCUGAUAAAGCUUCAAAUACACAAGAAAUAUGGCAGGUGUGUUCUCUGUUAGGAGUUCAAAAGUUCGUUCAUGGGAAAGAUGUUCCAAGCACGUCAGGCAGCAGAGGACUCGGCUUUACAUAAUCUGGAGAUGCACUGUGUUGCUCUUGUGUUGGCAUGACUAGAGGAAAGAUUAUCAGAGCUCGGUGGCGCUCUGUUGCAGAAUGAGUCUCGUCUAGAACAUUGAUCAAGCACAGAGUGUGCAUCUCUCUCUGAGUCUGAGGCAGGAUCUAAAGUUCCAACUUUUGAUGGCUAACCAAACCGAUACAGUUCGCAAUAGAAGUCAAAUGAAGCUUGUAUUAUACCCUUUUU